CGCCAUCGUGAUACGGCGGCGGAGGACCACGACGACGUUGUCAGUAUUUCCUUCAGCGGUAGCCUUCUCAGUCAAGAGAGCAAGAGGAUGAAGAUUCUUUUCAAGCCCAAGCCUCGCUCCCCGGCCGAUCUCGUAAGUCACACGCGCGAUCUCCUCGCCUUCGCUGUUUCCACCUCCGAUCACCGGACUUCCAAGCGCGAUGAUGAGAAGAUGACCGAAUUGUGCAAAAACGUUAGGCAUUUGAAGUUGAUCCUUUAUGGAAAUGGUGAUGCGGAACCUUUUCCUGAAGCUUGUUCGCAGCUCACUCAGGAAUUCUUUAGGGAAGACACAUUGCGUCCCUUGAUCAUGUGUCUUCCAAUGCUAGAUCUGGAGGCCCGAAAAGAUGCCUCUCAGAUUGUAGCAAAUCUGCAGAGGCAACAAGUUCAGUCGCGGUUAAUUGCAUUGGAUUAUCUGGAAGCAAACUUGGAUGUUAUAGAUAUGCUUGUUGAAGGCUUCGAAAAUGAAGAUUUGGCUUUACACUACAGUGGAAUGUUGAAGGAAUGCGUGCGUCACCAGGUCAUUACAAAAUAUAUACUAGAGUCAAAAUAUUUGGAGAAGUUCUUCGACUAUGUCCAGCUUCCAUCCUUCGACGUGGCUGCUGAUGCUCAUAGAAUUUUCAGGGAACUCUUGACAAGGCAUAGAUCUACUGUAUCUGAGUACCUCGCUAAGAACUAUGGCUGGUUUUUCACCGAGUACAACACGAGAUUGCUAGAGAAAGGAAGUUACAUAACGAAGAGACAGGCCGCCAAGUUGUUGGGAGAUGUGUUGAUGGACCGAUCCAAUUUUUCGGUGAUGAUGAGAUACGUGAGCUCCAAGGAUAAUCUAAGAAUCAUGAUGAACCUCCUCAGAGAGCCCACAAAGAACAUCAAAUUAGAAGCCUUCUAUAUUUUCAAGCUGUUUGUUGCUAAGGAGAACAAACCUCAGGACAUCGUAGCAAUAUUGGUGGCGAACCGGAGCAAGAUUAUCCGAUUACUUGCGAACUUGAAACUGGAGAAAGAGGAUGAAGGGUUUGAGGCAGACAAGUACGCAGUGUUGAAAGAAAUAGAAUGCCUCACAUCCCCUAACCAAGAUGAAAACAUCACACCUGACGCCUAACUUAUAGAUAACGACACGCUUCUCCAAAGGUUUGAGAUUAUACUCCUCUGAUUAUUCUCUCAUUCACGUUUUUGACCUUUUUCAAGUUUUUCUUGCUCGCCCGGACACAUUGUUAAGGGCUAUUGCUUUGUUUUUUUAGAGUAAAAAAGAUAAUUGAUAAUAAACGGCCUUAUUUGGAAGGUAUGUUGUAUUCAACGGAUAUGUAUUAUGUGUAAUGGUGGCUUUAUAUA